AUGGCGCCCGGAAUGGAAGACAUAGAGAUACACAGCAGAAGCUAUUUAAUCCGCUGGAUCAACGCGAAGCCCGACCACACCAUCUCCUACACUGUUCAACCGCACAAGAAGUCGAUCAACUUUGGCAUCUUCAAGCACCCUGGCCAUGCGCCUUCCAUAACUUCUCAGACGUCAAACUUCGCCGUUUUCCCACCUCCCUCCCCGAACUUGGCCAUUGCAGAAGAGGAUGUUGCAUCUGACAACGCUCCGUCAGUGGUUAUUGAGAAGUUGAAGAGCAUUGGACUGAAACAGGUUGCGUGGGUCGGCAAAUGCGAAGCAGACAGAGUCAGUCAAGGGAGAUAUGAUGUUCCGCUCGGCGAAGCAGGCAACUAUGCUCUGGUCUUCGACAACACCUUCUCGAAGAGCAUCUCGAAGCAGGCGACCAUCUUUCUGCUGACCUAUCCGACCGCAUGGGCUACUCAGAUCCAUUUCGGUGCUCAGGCGCAUCAUGGGCAGGCCAUGGCUGGGGCGAUGGCAAUCGCCAACGGGACCAAUCCCAACCGCAGCCCCAGGCUACGGCCAUUUACCAAGAAUUCUACCGAUUCGCUCCGUCGCGCAUCCCAACCGACCAUCCGAACAGCACCGUCAGAGAGUGCAUUGAGCAUGGAAGAGCCUGCAACGAUACACACCGGAGUCCUACAGAAACGUCGUCGGAAGAAACAUCAGGGGUUUGCCAGGCGGUUCUUCUGUUUGGAUUACACCUCCUCCACUCUGUCAUACUACCACGAUCGGAACUCAUCUGCUCUACGUGGCGCCAUUCCACUCUCGUUGGCUGCGAUCGGCGCAAAUCACAAGACUCGAGAGAUCUCGAUCGAUUCUGGGGCCGAGAUCUGGCAUCUGAAGGCUACCAAUGAGGCUGAUUUCCAGGCCUGGAAGGCAGCAUUGGAGAAAGCAUCAAGAAAUCUUCUAGAGGCGAGUACACCAGGCGAGGGCUUGAAGCUGCACAUGGACUAUGAAGGCCCGAAUACCUCGGCUAUGGAAGCACAGGAAUGGGCUCGACUAGAGACUCUGUUGGGUAAAGUGUCUGGGACGCGAGAUGCUGUGAGAAGACUGUGUCAGGAGGUUGCGACUCCGGCCACUGGCUCCGGACCAUCAUCGACGACGCCCACGGAGGUGCCAAAUGCAGACUACUUCACGAUUGGCGAGGACAAGCGACCAUUCUGGAAGAGAAAAGCCUCUACCAAUGAGCGUGCGAACAUUUUUAAGAGAAGCGUAUCUGCUCAGCUAGCCGUCCCAUUGCCAGGAGCCGAGAAUUUGUUGCGCGCACAGUCGCCUGGCGCAUCAUCACGGCAUCGGCUGAACGACGAUGGAAUGUAUGACCACUGCAAAGAUCUGCUGCGCGACCUUGAUUCGCUGGUCAGCGAAUUCGCGGCAGUCAUGAACGAGAGCAAAGUCAGGCGUUCGGGACCUCCCAAAUCCGCGGUCUCGCGGCUCAGCAUGCAAUCAGUCGAGUCUCAGGAGUACUUUGAUGCCGAAAGCGGCCCCUCGACACAGCUGCUAGAACUGGGAAGUGAUUCGGAGCCCGAAGGAAGUACAAGCGUCUCAGGUGUCGACGAAGACUCUGCAACUAGUAGUGAUAUUGGCGAUGAUGCUUCGUUCUCACCAGCGAAUCGCGCUGGGAGAUCUGCCAGCCAGUCGACGUUCCUGCCGCCGAAAGCUAAGAGUCUGACACCACUGCCGCUCGAGCGCGUCAAACGACGGACGACUGUGCCUGCUCCGACUGUGCCGCCUCCUAGUCUCAUUGGUCUACUACGCAAGAAUGCUGGCAAAGACAUGUCGACGAUCGCCAUGCCUGUCUCCACCAACGAGCCCCUCUCCUUGCUGCAAAAAGCUGCCGAACAGCUGGAGUACUCAGAACUGCUUGAUGAGGCGGCAAAAUGCACAUCGCCAGUCGAGCAGAUGCUUUGGGUCGCAGCAUUUGCCAUCUCACCGCUCUCCGGUACUCGGGUUAAAGACAGAUCGAUCCGCAAGCCCUUCAAUCCGAUGCUCGGGGAGACGUACGAGCUCGUCCGAGAAGACAAGGGCUUCCGCUUUGUGUCUGAAAAGGUCUCGCAUCGACCAGUACAGCUCGCCUUUCAUGCCGAAGCGGCUGAGUGGUCGUUCACCCAGUCGCCAAAGCCUCAGAAUAAGUUCUGGGGGAAGUCGUCUGAGAUCAGCCAGGAAGGCAAAGCACGCCUGCACUUCUACUCGACCGGCAACAGCUACGUCUGGACCGCAGCAACGUGUUUUCUCCGCAACAUCAUCGCCGGGGAGAAAUACAUCGAGCCGGUAGGCAGCAUGACGGUGCUGAAUGAGACGAAAGGCCAGAAAGCCGUCAUCACGUUCAAAUCGAAAGGCAUGUUCUCCGGUCGCAGCGAAGACGUCGAAGUCGACAUUGUCGACGAGCACGGUGCACGCACAGGUCUCGGUCUCGAAGGAACGUGGACGAGCCUGCUCAAGCGUAAGGACAACAAGCAAACCGUCUGGUCUGCUGGCCAGCUUGUCGACAACGCGCCCAAGCACUAUGGCUGGACCUCCUUCGCGUCCACCCUCAACGAGAUUACGAGUGUGGAGAAGGACAAGCUUCCUGCCACGGAUACGCGCUUGCGGCCCGACCAGCAGGCGCUGGAGAAGGGGGACUAUGAUUCAGCGGAGCAGACAAAGAAUGAGCUGGAGGAGGCGCAGCGGGCAAGGAGGAAGGAGAUGGAGGAGGGUGGGCAGGAGUGGAAGCCUAGGUGGUUCGUCAAGGUGGACAAUGGCGACGAGGUGGUAUGGAAGUUGAGGGCUGGGAAAGAGGGGUACUGGGAGGAGAGGGCGAAGGGGUCGUGGACUGGGGUGGUUGAUGUUUUGAGUGUGUAG